AUGCAUUUCUCCACCAUCAUCGCUACCGCCACCUUCAUGCUCACCACAUACGCCGCUGUCGCCACUGAAGUCCCACGCAACGCCGCCCCAGCCCCAGUUGUCACCGAGCCCGACCACGCCGUCAAACCGGCCGCUCUCGCCCACGUCGUCGCCAGGAAAGAGUCGACCGCCUGCUUCUUGUGCACUGCCAGCUGCGGCUUUGGCGAUGGCUCAGACUGCACUACCUGCUGCGCUGUUGGCGGCCCUUGCACCUGCUAG